GAAGGGAGCAGACUGGCGAGGCCCUGUACCACCGUGAGGCAGUCGAUGCAUUGUGCAGUUGGUUGUCUGUUUUGCAGAGUAACAUGGAGAAUCUGCCACAUGAUCGAAGCCGGUGGUUCGCCUCGGACCCUGAGUCAGCCACAGCCUCAGAAGAGGAGCCAAGCAAAGGGAUGAGGGGCAAAGGCAAGGAAAAAGACGAAAAAGGAGAGAAAGGCUGGGCUGCAACCGACGCCAAUGGCAAGGAGAAAGACGAAAAAGUAGAGAACAACGCCAAGGGCAAGGAGACAGGCCAAAAAGGAGCUGCAGUCAACGCAGGAAAAGAAGGAACGGCAGGAGCCAAGGGCAAGGGGAAUGGAGGACAAGCAGAGGACAACAGACAAAAG